AUGCUUUCUUUUUCUACCACGGUGCAGCCCCAGGUUACAGUUUCUUUGAGCCACCUCAUAAAUGCAUUUCAUUCACCCAAAAGUUUAACACAGUCUUUCAUCCCAACGUCCACCCAGUCUGUACAGAAAGAAGCACCACCUGAACAUGAUGUGUUGAACCCUGAACCAUUACUUAAUCUACGAGACCUAGGAUUGAGUGAUUUGAAAAUUAGCCAACUUGAUGAAAUAGUGAACAAGCUGAUUCCUGGUUUUGGUGAAGAAAAUAAAAUACCCUCACAUUGGCAAACAUCAUAUGUAUCGGCACAGUCUUUUUUUGAAAAUAAAUAUGGUUUUGCAGACACAUUUAGAGUUUUACGUUCCUCUUACCUCUACAGACAGCAUCCUAAUCCUCCCCGGAGUAUAUGUUCCAAUCUUCAAUAUUGGCCAGUUCUCAUUCAGUCUCGAGGAUUUAAGACUCUGAAAUCAAGAGCAAGACGGCUACAGUCCACAUCAGAACAUUCAGCAGAAGCAGAAGAUGUAGCUCCCUCAUUUGUAAAGGGUCUUUUACUGAGAGAGAAAGUAUCUGAGAUUGAAAGCUUAGACAAACUGAUGAAAAGAAAAAACAUACCUGAAGCUCAUCAAGAUGCUUUUAAAACUGGGUUUGCAGAGGGUUUUUUGAAAUCACAGGCCCUUGCACAGCGUACAAUUGAUUCCUUAAGACGAACCCGAUUAUUUGUCUUUCUAGCAGUGUUGUUUGGUAUUUAUACUGUGUUAAAAAGCCAGUUCUUACCUAAAGGCUCUUUUUCUGAUGCUGUACGUUUUCGAGCAAGUUCUGGGCUUGAUGCAGCAGUGGAUCCUAUUCAGAUGAAAAAUAUUACCUUUGAUCACGUGAAAGGGGUAGAUGAAGCUAAGCAAGAGUUGCAGGAAAUUGUAGAAUUUCUGAAAAAUCCCCAGAAAUUUACCAUACUAGGAGGUAAACUCCCUAAAGGUGUUCUGUUGGUAGGUCCACCUGGUACUGGCAAAACUCUGCUUGCCAGGGCUGUGGCAGGAGAAGCCGAUGUUCCUUUCUAUUAUGCUUCUGGGUCUGAAUUUGAUGAGAUGUUUGUUGGAGUGGGAGCCAGCCGUAUCAGAAAUCUAUUUAAGGAAGCAAAAGCAAAUGCACCUAGUGUUAUAUUCAUUGAUGAGUUGGAUUCAGUUGGUGGCAAACGAGUAGAAUCUCCAAUGCAUCCCUACUCAAAGCAGACUAUAAACCAGCUCCUUGCUGAAAUGGAUGGCUUUAAAUCUAAUGAAGGAAUCAUUAUCAUUGGUGCAACAAACUUCCCUGAAGCACUAGAUAAUGCUUUGUUACGCCCUGGCCGCUUUGACAUGCAAGUUACAGUCCCCAGGCCAGAUGUCAAGGGACGAACAGAAAUUUUGAAAUGGUAUCUUAAUAAAAUAAAAUAUGAUAAGUCCAUUAAUCCAGAAAUCAUUGCAAGAGGCACAGUAGGAUUUUCUGGAGCUGAAUUGGAAAACCUUGUGAAUCAAGCUGCAUUAAAAGCAGCAAUUGAUGAAAAGGAUAUGGUUACUAUGAAGGAGCUAGAAUUUUCAAAGGACAAAAUUGUCAUGGGUCCUGAGCGUAGAAGUGUAGAAAUUGGCGAUAAAAAUAAAACAAUCACAGCAUAUCAUGAAUCUGGGCAUGCCAUUAUUGCAUAUUAUACCAAAGAUGCAAUGCCAAUCAAUAAAGCCACAAUUAUGCCACGAGGACCAACACUUGGACAUGUUUCCUUGUUGCCAGAAAGUGACAGAUGGAAUGAAACUAGAUCUCAGCUGCUUGCCCAGAUGGAUGUCAGUAUGGGGGGAAGAGUAGCAGAAGAACUCAUAUUUGGCAGUGAUCACAUCACAACAGGUUCUUCUAAUGACUUUGAGAAUGCUACCAGGAUAGCACAACUCAUGGUGACCAGAUUUGGAAUGAGUGACAGGCUUGGUGUUAUGACCUAUAGAGAGACAACAAAUUUCAGCCCGGAAACCCAAUCUGCAAUUGAACAAGAAAUAAGAGCUCUUUUAAAGGACUCAUAUGAACGGGCAAAGAGUAUUUUGAAGGCCCAUGCAAAAGAACACAAGAAUUUAGCAGAAGCGUUAUUAACCUACGAGACCUUGGAUGCCAAAGAAAUUCAGAUUGUUUUAGAAGGCAAAAAACUUGAAGUGAGAUAACUUCUUUGUCAAGCUGUCUAUCAGUCAAAGUAAUAGCCACUUUAUAUUGGUGUAACUUUCUUUCCUGCUGGAUGUAUGUGUGCUAAUAAUCAUAUUUCUUAAAGAUAAACAACUUGUCUUGUGAGCUUUUGUUCCCCUUACAAGUAGUCCUCGCUUACUGAUUACAGUUGAGACCAUCAACUCUUUUGCUAAGUGACACAGUUUCUUAGUGAAAAAUCACAUGACUAUGCCAGAUUUAUGAUGUCACUUCCAUUUUUGGUUGCAAACCAAUGUAGGAGACAAAAAGGCAGAGCUGGGAGGUGGAGUUAAACAUGUCAUCAGUUUAAAGUCCUUGCAUUACCACAAGAGAUCCAAGUCCAGCCCCUCUUGAAUUCUGUUGAUCCUUAUCUAGCAUUAAUUUAGUGCUGAUCAUUAGUUGACCAGAUUCUUGUAUAUAGGUUUGAUUAAAUCUUCUAUGCUACAACUUUAUAAAUGAUCCUGAUUCUUUGGCCUAACAUUAACUGCUUUUAUUAAGCGAGACAUUGUGUGAUUGUGCAUUGCAAUUUCACUUCCAUGUUCUCCAUUAAUUCUGCUAGUUAGAAGCCUGUUGUGAAGCUUGCAAAUGGUGGUCAUAUGAUCAUGGGAUACUGCAACAGUUGUAAAUGCGAGGAUUGCUUGCAAAGCUAUUUUUUUUCCAGCUACUGUAACUUCAGGUUGUUAAACAAGGCAGUCAGUAAGCAAGAACUACCUAUAUUUAAUUUUGUCUUUUCUUAGAAGCAAGGUUAUAAAAGUAAUAUGUUAGUGGUUUGUCUGGUUUAGAAAUCCUGAAUACCGAAACAAAAGAGUGAAUUGAUAUACUUUCAUUGCUAGCUUGUUCGAAUGGAUAGAAAAGGAGCUGAUAGCUACUAAUCUUACUCUGCAAGUUGGGGCAUUUGAAAUUGCAUACCAUACAGUUAUAGGAAAAUAACCCUUCUGUUUUUAAACCAAAGUUUUAUAAAGCCUUCAUUCAUAAUUUAUCAUACAACAUGAACUUAAGGGCAGGCACUAUAGUAAUAGUGCUCUAUCUUCUAGUUGACCUUCAUAAGUGAGACAAAGAGUUUGAACUUUAAUGGACACAAAAAUAAUAGUGUUCAUCUAUUUUGGAGACAGAACUUAAGAGUGAGUGAGCGAGUGAGUUCACUUGACAGUAAUAUUUGUUACAACUGGAAAAAUUGCAUUGUCUCCUCUGAGGUAGUAUUGGGGAAAUGUUUUCAAUUUUAUGGAGGUGUGAUUUUAGCACUUCUGUUAAACUUUUUAAAUGGAGGAUAGUUAAUGGCAAUUUGAGUCUCAUUGUGUACUUGGCUGGCCCUUUUUAAAAUAAAGUACAAUUUUUGAUUUCAAAAUUUUUAAUCUAUUUUAUAAGCAUAUGACAUUCAGAUAUUAAAUGAUGAUUAAGACGUUCUAAAAAUUGAGAUUAGGCUUGCAUUGACUAGCAAUUGAGAAUAGCUAAUAACAAUUACACUGUUAACUAUUUAAUAGAUGGAUUUCCAUAAUUUUAAGUCCUACACUAUAAUUUUAAAAAAGGAAAUAAAGUUCUAUCAAUGAGAAAAUAAAACAAGUUUAACAAAGAAAUGGAUUUCAAAUUUCAGUUUAUAAGGCAUUUUGGUGCCUUGUUGAUAGUCCAAUUUCAUUUGAAUUUGUAGAUAAUUCGUUUUCUUUCAGCAAUCCCAAUAUUUCAAUGGAACUCUUUUCUGCUUUUUCCAUAUAGUAAACUUGGAAGAACCUCAAGUUCAUUUCAUUAUUGGAAUUCCAAACUGCUAUGCUGUUCCAUUACAAAUAUAUACUUUUUUAGCAAUAAACUGUAAAAGAUGUGCAAAUGCAGCAUGUUUAGUACAUUUGGGAAAUCAUAUAUUUUAAUUAUGCAAAGUGCUUUUUAAAAUUUUCCUCCUAUUGUAAAACUGCUUUUAUUCUGGUUGCCCUCAUAUGUAAAUUGAGGUGUAUAAAACAUAUUUUAAAUCUGUAAAUAAAUUUGAGAGUUAAGCAAAAUGUGUAAUUUUUUAAUAGCUUGAAUUUCCAUAAACUUUUUUUUGUGAGAAUUUCUGCUACUUUGUUGCUGCUACUUUACCUAGUUCAAAACAUAAAUAUGGAGACUUUACAAUUUAAGACUGAAUUGUUAAAUACAUUUCACAUUGUCAGUAUUUAGAUUCUAUGGAAUCCUGUAACUUCUAAUGCAUUUUCUCUUUCACGAAACCUUGUUAAGUUUUGAGAUGGUAAGAAUAACUUGCUAGCAAGUUUCAUAUGUAUGUUCCUGCGAAAGCAAAGAAUUAAAAUUGGAUGGAAUAUUUUGCUUCA